UUUGGAAUAUCUGAAGGAACUCUCUUCUCUCUCUCCCCUGUGCCUUUGAAUCACAAAAAACAUGUCAAAACCAUUAGAGAGAUACCAAAAACUUGGCUUGAUAGAGUCUUUACCAAGAAUUCACAGGUUCCCGUUAGCCUGUAAAGAGCUGAGCUUAAUUCUCAGAGGCGCUUACAAGAAAAUUCCCAAGAAUCUUCAAUCGCUCAUCUUCCAGGACACCCUCACCGCCUUUCGUCUCCUCCCUGAAAUGCAGACACGCAAUGCUGUUUUGGCAGCCCAUCUCCUCCUUCAGAGCGUCGAGGCCACGUUGCCAAAGCAAAAGAAGAAUGCAGCUGUUACAGAAUAUAAGAAUGCAAUGGUUGCUCAUAAGAGGCGCACUAAAGCCCGCCAAGAAGAAAACGGUUCAACCCAGCUGCCACAAGAUGUUCUUGUUCACAUAUUCAGUUUCCUCGAUAUGCAAUCUUUAGUCUCUGUUGGACGAGUCUGCUGGUUGUGGAAUAUAGCGGCAAGUGAGAACAAUUUGUGGCAGGCACAGUACACUACUUUCUUCGGGAAUUCUGAUAAUGAUGCGAUGAUUAAGGGUCGACAGAUUGGUAGACUGGUUGAAGAUGAAGAAGGGUAUACACUAUUUUGGCGAGAAGCCUUCAAACGAGCAUAUUUAGGUAGUUCUUCAAAGAAAUUGAAAUCCAGUAGGGGAUACUGUAGGGACUGCAACACGAUUGUUUGGCUCGAUAACAUGAAAUGUUCAAAUGAACAUACAGGACUAAAUUCUGAAAAUCAGCAAAUUAAGCCGGUGUUACCCAGUCAGGUGGUUGGGUAUCUCUUGGAUGAUUCUUUAUCAAUGGCAUCUUCUUCAGACAGUGAUAGUGAUUCAGAUGGAGGGCCAUUUUCCAGGUUAUGGGCCUACCAAAGACCCUUGAGCAAAACCCAGUAAAAGCAUUUCAUUCAUGUAUAGAGCUGCUCAAUGAGGAUGGCUAAUAUCUAGCGGCCAGCGUUCUCGCUUCUUCAGGAGGCUCUUCCCUCGCUGGUUGAGUCUCGACCGUCCCGGAGCUGGAUUUUUAACUUUGUUUUCAAAAGAAUAUGUGUUUAGAAAAAUAAGAAGUAAUAAUAUUAUCGUUCUUGUACCAAAAUAUAUAUUCAUAAAUUCUUCUUGUUUCAUAAUCUCUGUUUUUUUU